GCGGGUGGGGGUGGCUGGUACCUGCUUAGUAGAGACGCUGCUCCGGCGAUCUUGGCUGAAACCAGAUCAUGUCGGACCUGGGAUCCGAGGAGUUAGAGGAGGAGGGAGAGAACGAUCUUGGGGAGUAUGAGGGGGAACGCAAUGAAAUGGGGGAACGGCAUGGACACGGGAAAGCACGAUUGCCCAACGGGGACACAUACGAAGGUCAUUAUGAGUUUGGAAAAAGAAACGGACAGGGGGUCUACAAAUUUAAGAAUGGUGCCCGAUACACCGGAGAAUAUAUUAAAAAUAAAAAGCAUGGCCAAGGUACUUUUAUCUACCCAGAUGGAUCCAGAUAUGAAGGGGAGUGGGCAGAUGACCAGAGGCAUGGCCACGGCGUGUAUUACUACAUCAAUAAUGACACCUACACAGGGGAGUGGUUUGCACAUCAAAGGCACGGGCAAGGUACCUACUUGUACGCGGAGACCGGCAGUAAGUACGUCGGUAGCUGGGUGAAUGGGCAGCAGGAAGGUUCCGCCGAGCUUAUCCACCUGAACCACAGGUACCAGGGCAAGUUCAUUAACAAAAACCCUGUCGGCUCUGGAAAGUACAUAUUUGACGUUGGAUGCGAACAGCACGGUGAAUAUCGCCUAACAGAUCUGGAAAGAGGAGAAGAAGAGGAGGAGGAAGAGACAUUAGUGAAUAUCAUUCCAAAGUGGAAAGCUCUCAAAAUCACAGAAUUGGCUCUGUGGACUCCAACCCUCUCUACGGAGCAGCCUCCUGCUGAGGGACCAGGCCAGGAAGAAGCGGCGGGAGCUUCUGGUGUGGGUGAAACCUCAGAUGAGACCCAGGGUCUGGGAGAAGGUUUUGAGGGUGAGGUGGAGCCGAGGCUCGGCGAAGAAGACAUAGACACGUUCAGGCAGGAGAGCCGGGACGACAGUUACGACAUGGACCAGGGAAACGCGAACUUUGAUGAAGAACAGGCAGAGCUCCAGGAGUAA